GCCGUUGCACGUUUUUUCGUGGAACGUCUUCGGCGGGGGAAUUUCCAUGCUUGCUGGGCCCUCGAUCGAGUAUAAGAAAACCGAUGAGGCAGAGCCGGCGAUCAAGUAUAAUGUGCAGCCACUGCUUGCCGAAGGAACCUGGCAAGUCGUGCUGAGGGAAAAGGAAAAGUGGCUGGAGGACAACCCCAUGGGUAUCAGCGUUGUUUUGAUCCAGGAAGACGUGUACACUGGAAAGCGCACCGAGGUUUACUCACGUCCUGUGUCCGGACAGGACGCGGACGCCGGACUCAAGUGCCACACGGACGUGAAACCUCUAGAGGCAUACUGGACACGGCUCUUAACGGAUCCGAAGCACGGGUUCGAAUACAAGCUCGCCUCCGAUCCGGAGAAAAGUUUCCAUCUAGGCAUGCCAGGAAGCGUCCACGGCGACUCCAUGGAUGUGACGGACGGCUUGCGCGACCACAAGAUCGACCCGGCUGUGAAGGGUUACCGCGGUCAAACGGUUUUCAGCGAUGUUGUGUCUCCUGGUGGCGUCGACAUGUCUUCGAAACUAGAGGCUGACCGCCACGUGAUCUUGGGCAACACCGUGUACGUCAAAUUUGGAAAGGGGCUGAUCGAUCUCUGCGGUCCGAAUGGCCUGGAAGUCGCUGAAGACGGAUGGAAUGCCAACCUGGCGCAGUAUAACAAUGCGAAGAGGAUUCCGCGUCGCAGUGCCGGAUUCGGAACCGUAAAGUGCAAGGGGCAUCCCAUCAUCACGCUGGGCAGCGGCCACCUGUCAGGAGGAAGGUUCGACGAUCCUGAGGUUCUUGAGCAGGUGCUCAGCGGUGACUACGAGCGCUCGGAGAUGUGGAAGGAGGGCAAAACUCCGCGCUCGGCGACCGCCCGUUGUGGUUCGCGAACUCCGGAGGGCGCUGGCGAUGAUUUGGCCAUGGGGAUGAGGGCCACUGGCUCUGCGUCGUCUACGACAGGAACGAAACAAGGCAGGUACCUGGAGCCGACACGACCGACCGGCUUUGCUGGCAUGGGAGGCACUACCCCGGCCUCUUGUUCUGAGAGUCUACUGUGUGCGAUGGGUAGCUGCAAGUCGCCUGCGCGACCCGGGCGUCAGCUUUCGUGGCGUGGCGCAGGCACACUUGUGCGCGCACAGGUCCGUGCGUUUUUGGAGGCGAUGUUUCGAAACGGCAAGACCAAAGCGAUGAUUCUGGGUCUGGAUCUCAACAGCAAGCCAGAUAUGCCAGUGCUUCAUAAGGUCCAUCUCUAGGCCUCGCAGUACGUGGUUUUACUUACUUCUUACUCGUUCUAGCCAGUCAUUCUCUUUUGGUAUUCAUCUUCGUUUUGUGUACAGCUUGGAGAACCAAAAUCAAACUGCAAGUUGGAGAAUCUAUCACUUACUUACAGUCUGCUGGUUCCAGAAAGGUAAGAAAAGAAGCACUGAUAGAAGAACCUUGCUCGCGUAACGAUAAUGAGUCCUUACUUUUUCUUUUUCCACCAAGAGGACGCACUCAUCCAUCACUGUUGAUGAUGAUGAUUCUACAUCGCAUUACAACAAUCUCUCAAGGUGCUCACAAAAUACGUGAUUGCGGAGCAAAUGAAACCACUUUGGGCUCGAAUGCUUGAGGAAGAUGACGAUUUUGGUACGCAUGUGGAUCAUGAUUUUGCCAUUAAGCAGCAGUUGCAAAUUGAUAUGCCAGGAUGUGGUUCUCAUGUUGACGAGUUUGCCGUCAUGCAGAGCUUUCAGGUGCCUCCACCAAGUGCGGCAACAGAAAAAGACAUUGCUACUCCUUCCAAUGCGACAACAGAAGACAGAAAUGCUCUUGAAAAUGCGCCCGCCGUUGUUAAGAUGUAG